AUGUUGCAAGAAGAGAAUGUCGUAUCAUGGUUCCAAGAAUUACACCAAUUUCGAAGAGUUGAACUUUUAGCUGCUUUAUUACAUGCUUGCUUACCCUAUGAGCUACAAUAUUUAAGCCAAUUAACCGAUGAUUCGUCAAGACACAACCGGACUUAUUUAGCACACGAUGAAAACUGCGCCAAUACUAAAUCUGAAUUAUAUAAUUUAACCGAUUUAAACGAUGCACGCAUACGACGUAAAUUAUGCUUAUGCUUAUCCAUGUUAAAAAGCUGCAACACCCAAUGUGCUCAAAUUAUCUAUCAAAAUUUAAUGUUUAAUUAUCGUCAACAGCUACAGCAACUGUCUAUUAUCGAGCAACAGCAUAAUUAUCAAGAUCAAUCAUAUCAUUUUCUUGAUGAUAUAUUAUUAAUCUAUAUGAUGGCAUCCAAACAUCCGGCGUUUACAUUUCAUCAACAAUUGACAUUACGCCAAUGCUUGGAUGAAUUUAAAAAAUUUUAUAAGAAAUUCAACGACCAUCGUGGUAAAGAUAGCAGUGAAAAUUCAGCCAGUCAAGAUAAUAGUAGUAUAACAACUAAUAAUCAAGAUGAUGCAAUCACAAAUCAACAAAAUAAAGAAAUGUCAGCCUUAACUGCGAUCGAGGUUGCUGAAGUAUCCGAUAGUAAUCAAGAAAUCCACCAUCAAUAUCUUAUUAAGGCGGCAUGGUCUAACUACCGUACCAAUGUUGUGUAUAAGUCUGCUGAAGAUGUUUUCAAAUUUGACCAAGAGCUUGAAGAUUACAUAAAGAGCAACAAUUUAAGUGAUAUUAAUCUAGGACAUCUCAAUAAACCAGAUUCAUCCAAGCCAAUCAAGCCAGUUGUAUUACCCAUCUCUGACGUUACUGCCUAUAUGAAACAAAUUACCCAGUUGCCUCGCCAAAUCCUUACCUCCGAUUUAGUGUGCAACUUUUUUAACAGCUCUACUGAUGGAACAAACGCACCAUACGAUGGUACUAUACCUGCUGAAAUUAAUGAUCUGAUGCAAAAAGCAAUUGACUCAUACUCAUCAUCUAGUAAUGGCAUUCGCCGAAGAGACGUUACGGAAUGGUUGGAUGGGUUACAUAUUAAUGGCGAGUCGGAAAAUGACACCGUAAUACAUAAAGGGUUAACAAGUGGUGAUUCCAAUAAAGUUCAAAACAAGAAAGAUUAUCAAAAUAAGCCCGUGAAGAAGAAUCAAAGUAUGGAAAGUGUAGGAUCUGGAAACGGCGAUAGUGAAAUUGAUGAUAGGCCUCCAAGUGGGGAUGAACAGUAUUUCUAUACUGCUGUACCUUCUAUGUAUGCUAUAAACGGCAGAAUACCGACGUCUCCAGUUAAUACAAUGAUUCCACCGCCUAUUGGUCACUUUGAUAACAAAUGCGCUUUUCCUCUGAACGCUUCUUAUCCGGGAUAUAAUCACCGAGGUCGAGACUAUCGUGGCAAUGCUUACCAAUCAGAAUUUAUCCCAAUGAAACAUUGGUACGAUCUCCGUCAAGCUUACCCUCCACCAUACACAAAUUUUGGGCCUAGCUUCUUUUUGCAUAAUGGUACUUCCAAUGGUUACUAUAAUGGGCCUUAUUUUCCUCCCACUCCUAGACCUCCAGUGCCUAGUGAAACUCGUAUUUCUUGUUACAAUUGUGGUCAAAUUGGCCAUUUUGGAAUACAAUGUAUGGGUCCAACGAUGAUAGACAUCGAAAAUUCUGUCAAACAUUCUAAUCCAUCAUUUAUUAAGAAGGCAUAG